CAGCAUUCACCCUUUCCUCCAUUGCCCACUGCGUCUCCGUCCUUCGCCCUGCGACAAUCAUCCAGACCUCGACGGCACCCGUGUCAGCCUUAUGCAGAGCUCGAAGGACGCCCGGCAAUCGGCGCGUGCAUGGAUCGGUCCGCAGUCGCGUGCAAUCAACCCGUAACAAAUUUCCAGCCCGGAUCCCUACGACACAACGCCUAUAUCGCCUAUAGCACGUCUCAACCUCUCAAGACCGCCGCGGCGGGGUCUUUCUGAGCACCACACCGCACGCCCGCAGAGUGCUAUGCAGCCCUUGCGGCAUCAUCUCCAUAUCGAAUCCUCGAGACGCCGGCCGCCGUUGUCGACCUCCCCGAGAGUCACGCUGCGUCAUAGCCUGCUCUGGGCAGCACCGAAUUGGGCCCACGAUGGUCUCCCAUCCGCCCGACAGGCCGAGGAGUGGCAAGCAGGCGGGCCAGGCGGGAUAUGGGAGUGGGAGUGGAACACCCGCACAAUCGAGGGCAGCAAAGCCGGUUUCGGCUCCGCCGAGUAGAGAUGGGCACGCUCAAAGGGCAGCACAGGAGGUGGCAGGCUUGAAAGAUUACCAAUUGGGCGAUUGCUUAGGCAAAGGGGCCUUCGGAUCUGUAUAUCGAGCGCUAAACUGGGGAACGGGUGAGACGGUGGCAGUCAAGCAGGUCCGGAUGGAAAAUCUGCCAAAGAGCGAGCUGAAGACUAUUAUGAUCGAAAUCGAUCUCUUGAAAAACCUCAACCACCCGAAUAUUGUCAAAUAUCAUGGUUUCGUCAAGGCUACGGAUGCUCUCUAUAUUAUCCUGGAAUACUGCGAAAACGGCUCCCUACACUCAAUCUGCAAGAAUUUCGGAAAGUUUCCGGAGAACUUGGUAGCCCUAUACAUGUCCCAGGUUUUGCACGGACUCCUCUACCUCCACGAGCAGGGUGUCAUCCACAGGGAUAUCAAGGGUGCCAACAUUCUGACUACCAAGGAAGGUCUGGUAAAGCUGGCAGACUUUGGCGUUGCCACAAAAGCAUCUGGACUAGACGAAUCGAGCGUUGUGGGAACCCCGUACUGGAUGGCACCAGAAGUCAUAGAGCUUUCAGGCGCGACAACAUCGUCCGAUAUUUGGAGUUUAGGAUGCACAGUCAUCGAAUUAAUCGAAGGCAAACCGCCGUAUCAUAAGCUCCAACCAAUGCAGGCCCUAUUUCGAAUAGUCAACGACGAGCAUCCCCCUAUCCCAGGCAGUGCCUCUCCGGCUGUACGAGACUUCCUUAUGCAAUGCUUUCAGAAGAAUCCAAACCUCCGGAUAUCUGCCAAACGAUUACUGAAGCAUCCCUGGAUUUUGAGCGCGAAGAGAACUGUAGCUGCGGUUCCCGCUAAACCAACCGAGUACGACGAAGCUGUGAAGAGUGUUCAGGAGUGGAACGAAGCCUUGAGGUCGCCGAACAACGGCUCGAUUCGCCGGGCAUCUCGGCCACUCUCCUCAAGUCUUGGUACCACCAAGAAAAGCCCACCGCCUCAAUUGAAGACGCCCGCUGUGGCCAAGGGCGGAUUAAAUGUUGCAAAGUCACGACCUAAUGCGGACUUCUACCGUUCACCAGAUGUUGAUACGAACGACAACUGGGAUGACGACUUUGUCUCCUCCAUCAGCCCCAGUGCCCUUCACCUGCCUCAUCUCCGCCCUCACGACAACUUUGCUGGCUUACUUUCUUCGGAACGCCUCAAAUCCUUCGCAACCUUUGAGUCAGUGACCGAGGAGCCUAUGAGUUUUGGUGACAACAAUGCCACCGUCAACGGGCCGCUUCAAUUCACGGCGGACGACCACUUUGAUGACAUGGAGACGGUCCGAGCGCCGACCCCCGUGAAGAAGAAGCGUUCUAGUUCCAAGCCACAACCUCCUACUUCUAGGUCCUCGUCCCAGCAACUCGACACGGAGCCCAAGACAGCCAUUCUUCGUGGUAUCCCCAAAGCAAACCAACUAGCGAAAGGGAAGGUAGCAACUCUAGCAAGGCCUUCAGCUCUCUUCAGAGAGAACUCUGUCGAGGACUACUCGGACCUCAUUGCAGCCGACGAGUCUGCUUUUGAAAGGAAGUUGCAAGCCAUGCAGGCCAACCCUGCAGAAUCCUUCUCUCCUCGCCUAUUCCAUCCCUCUGAUCUUAAGACAGCUCCACGUUCAACGCUUAAUGCGAAGAAGGGCGGGAGUAUGCGGCAACGCUCAUCUUCCUAUACAUCGGAGCGCAAAGGCAUGCAGCGAUCGCAGUCUGAGAUCGAAAUUCAAAAGUACGCCGAAGAUGACAAGGAAGACUUCUCGGACAUCUUCGGUCACGAUGGAGCUAGUCUACCGAAAGCGGAUAGUGACAGUGGGUCCGAUCAGAACAGCUUGGCUAUGAUUACCUCCAAGAUGUCUUCGUCAUUUAUCAUUACAGAUGAAGACGAGUCCGAUCCUUUUGCCAACCUAGAGGAAGGCCUUGAAAAUGUCAACCUUGAAAGCAAUGUCGCCCGUGAUAGGGAUGAUCGAUUAGCCAAGCUUACAGAAAGCCUGGUCGGCGCUCUCAAGACCACACAACCAUAUGAUGUUCUUCUAGACAUCGCUGAUCAACUUAUACAAGUACUCUUCGAGUCUCCGGAAAAGAGGGCAAUCGUUCUACGGUCACAUGGCAUGCUGCCUCUUCUCGAGAUACUCGGUACGGACCAACCAAGAGAUGUCGUUUUGCGGCUUUUACGCAUCGUCAACAUGAUCAUUCUAGACGAUGCUGAGGCCCAGGAGAGUUUGUCUUUCCUGGGAGGAAUCCCUAUCAUCUCCAACUUCGCCUACAAGAAGUACCCGAGCGAGAUCCGCAAAGAGGCUGCCGCCUUCGUUCGGCAAAUGUAUCAGACAUCUACCCUGACAUUACAGAUGUUCAUUGGUUGUGGUGGCAUCAAUGUCCUAGUCGAGUUUCUCGAAGAGGAUAUUGAUACUGACCGUGACCUUGUCUUGAUUGGCGUUAAUGGCGUGUGGAGCGUGUUUGAGCUUCAGGGACCAACACCCAAAAAUGAUUUCUGUCGCAUAUUUUCGAGAAGUUCAGUACUAUACCCCCUUUCGCUUGUACUCAAUCGCGUUCUGGACGAACGAGAUGAGCUGUCGGAGCUUAUCGAAGGUCGCAUUGUCAACAUUUUCCUCAUCUUUUCGCAAGCCGAAAGCCACGUCAAGGACCUCGUGGCUGAUCGAAUGAUAUUGAAACGUGUUCUGAAGGAUCUUCGCAAGAUGUCUCCAAACCACCAGGUCACAAUGCUCAAGUUCAUCAAAAAUCUCUCUAUGCUGUCAUCCACCCACGAAGCAUUGCAGAAUUCCAACGCCAUCGACGUCCUUACUGAUCUGCUUCGGUCCUCAAAGAAGCUUCCUUUGUUUCGUGAGAUCUCAAAUCAAAUCCUCAACACAAUGUACAACUUAUGUCGCCACAACCGCUCACGCCAAGAAGAAGCAGCGCUGAACGAUGUUAUUCCAAUUCUCAAGGAUAUUGUUCAAACAGAAUGGCCACUAAAGGAGUUCGCCCUACCAAUAUUGUGCGAGCUUGCACAUUCUGGCAAGGUGGCCAGAAAGAAGCUUUGGGAGAAUCGUGGCUUGCAGUUCUACAUCAGCAUGCUUGCUGACCGGAACUGGCAAGUCACGGCUCUCGACGCCAUCUUCAUUUGGCUUCAAGAAGAAACAGCCAGGGUGGAGGCAUAUCUUUUAACGUCAAACUUCUCGAGGGCUAUUAUCGACGCUUACACGUCCCCCGACACUUCACAAAACUCCUUUGAGUCCAUGCUAGAACCACUGCAGAAACUCACCCGUCUCUCUCCUCACAUCGCCGCCUCCCUCGCUGUGCCCGAGAUCUUCACCCGCACAGUCCAAAAGCUAGGCCACAAAGACGCCGUCGCGCGUCUCAACCUUCUCCGAAUCCUCCGCACUAUCUGCGAUGCCACAGACGAAGCAUGCGGUCUUAUCAAACGCUUCGGCGUCUACAACACUGUGUGUCACCUCGCCGAGAAAGACCCCGCCAUCCUCGUCCGUCAAAUGGCGGAAGAGCUCGUUCGCGCCUGCGACAACAAUGAGAACCUCGGCCGCGUUUCUUCUUCCCGCCGAAGCGGCCUUUCACGUCCACCAUCCGGAGGCCGCUCCACCAACGGUUCUACUAACGGUGUAUCCAUGACGCCGCCGACUCCAUCGCUCAUUCACAGCGCCAGCAUGCCACCGGCACCCAGCACACGCGACCGACACGCGCGAGCGCAGGGCGCGGUAGGUCUCGAAGGCGGGCUGAACAGCCUCUCGCUCUUAGACAGUACGACUACGCCUGCCGCGCUCACCCGCGCUUCGACGUCCAUCACGGCGCGCACACCAGGCUAUAGACCUGCGAGCCGAGACAGCACGAGCAGCACCUCUAGCAUCCUCACUGCUAAUGGAAAUGGCGCUACUCAAGGCGGCAGUAGCGGUAGCAGUGGGAGUAGCACGAAGAGCCGGCUGCCGCGGACGAAGUUUGGGCGAAUGAGUCUGGCGGGUGGAGCAGCGAGCGGCGCAUCGAGUAUAGGGACGGCGGGUGGCAGACGGGACAGAGACAGAGAUCGAGUGGAUGAGAGAGGGCCGGAGGGCUUGCCGGAAAACUCGACGCCGACACAGCCCAGCGUCCCCAGCAAGCUGACGGUUGUCAGGAGGCGGAGGCAGACGAGUGGGGGCGAGGGGUUUGGGAGGGGUGCUGGUGGGAGGAGUUUGUCGUAGCUUUGGGAUGAGAUAGGACGGGAUGGGAGACGGUGCUGCUGAGCUACCACCCUGCCUUUCUAACGAUGGUGUCAUUGGCGUUAUUUGGGGUUUUUAUUCAGUAGUAGCUGGUAAUCAGCUGUCUGCUGUCUUUCGUUUUGCCUACGAGGUUUAGCUUUGAGCAUCGUUUCGAUCGAGACAAGGGUUUCUUGCGCGGGGGAUUAUGGGGCCACGAGCAUAUUUAGAGGUGGGGCUGGGCGGGUGGCAUUUGCAUAGCUUUGGCGUUUUUGGGAUGAGGCCUUGGGUCAUGGUAGUUGAUACAAUGCAU